GCUCCGGCGUGGACUCUUCCCCGCGGGAAUAAGGUCGAUUGAAUUGUUGGUGUCCAGCCUGAGUGACUGAGUUCCAGGCAAUGCUGUUGGGACGCUGCACAAGUCGUCCAGCUGAAGCAGAAGUCCCGUUGAACUGACUCUCCUCACGCUAGAACCUUUUAAAGAUGAAUGAACAAACAUUGGAAACAACACAGCAGCGGAAACUUCCUGAAUGGAUGUCUACGCAGAAGAAGACAUAUAGUGUAGAAGAAAGAAAGGCAUCUAUUCAGAAGAGUGUUUUGGAAGAUGACCUCCCCUUCUUAGAAUUCCCUGGAUCCAUUGUGUACAGUUAUGAAGCUAAUGAUUGUUCUUUCCUAUCAGAAGAUAUUAGCAUGAGUGUAUCUGAUGGAGAUGUGGUAGGAUUUGACAUGGAAUGGCCACCAAUAUACAGUAAAGGGAAACUGAGCAAAGUUGCACUAAUCCAGCUGUGUGUGUCAGAGAGCAAAUGUUACUUGUUUCAUAUUUCUUCUAUGUCAGUUUUCCCUCAGGGAUUAAAAAUGUUGCUUGAAAAUGAAGCAAUUAAAAAGGCAGGUGUAGGAAUUGAAGGAGAUCAGUGGAAACUUCUACGUGACUUUGACAUCAAAUUGAAGAGUUUUGUGGAGCUGACAGAUGUUGCCAAUGAAAAGUUGAAAUGUACAGAGACCUGGAGCCUCAGUGGUUUGGUUAAACACCUCUUUGGUAAACAGCUUCUGAAAGACAAGUCUAUCCGCUGCAGCAACUGGAGUAAGUUUCCCCUCACUGAGGACCAGAAACUAUAUGCAGCCACUGAUGCUUAUGCUGGUUUCAUCAUUUAUCAAAAAUUAGAAAAUUUGGGAGAUGCUGUACAGAUAUUUGCUGUGCAUGAAGAGGAAGAAGUACUACCUAGUGACGUGAAGAAACAAUUGACUUCCGUCUCCGAGGAGAUGAUGGAUCUGGCUAAGCAUCUUCCUGAUACUUUUGAAAAACUGGAAAAUCCACAGAGGGUUUCUGUACUAUUGAAGGAUAUUUCAGAAAAUAUGUAUUCAUUGAAGAAGAUGAUACUUGGUUCUACUGAGAAUGAACUGAGGCCCAGCAGUAAUUUUCACUUAUUAUCAUUGGAAGAGCCCACUGCUGGUGAAGUACAACAGAAACAAAUUAGAGAACAUAAAAUUUUUACUAAAGUUGAAGAUGAAGCAUGGGACACAACACCUGAUAAUUUAAUUAAACAUUAUGGAGAAAAUGUACUUGCGAACGAAGUAAAACAAGAAGAAGAUGGAUUUGAAGAUGGACUCGAAGAUAAUAAGUUGGAAGAGACUCCAGAAAGAGCUUGUUUCAUGUCAUUAGAUAUUACAGAAGAUGAACUCCAACGUUUGGAACAACAGGCUCAGGAAAAACAUCAUGGUGAUGUUACUUGCAAAUCUCCUGAGGAUAACGAAGAGGAUAUAUCUUAUGUAAUUGAGAGUGAUGAAGAUUUAGAAAUGGAGAUGCUUAAGUCUUUAGAAAACCUAAAUAGUAGCACAGUAGAUCCAAAUCAUUCAAAAUGCUUAGAAAUGGAAAGAAAUCUGGGUCUUCCUUCUGAAGAAGAAGAUGAAGAUGAGAAUGAAGCUAUUGAAGAGGAAGAAGUUGUUGAUGAAGACUGUUGGUUACCAGGACCUACUGCAAAGCAAAUUAAUUGCCUCAAGACCUACUUUGGCCAUUCUAGUUUUAAGCCGGUUCAGUGGAAAGUGAUUCAUUCUGUACUGGAAGAAAGAAGAGAUAAUGUUGUUGUCAUGGCAACUGGGUAUGGAAAGAGUUUGUGCUUCCAGUAUCCACCUGUUUAUGUAGGCGGGAUUGGCCUUGUCAUCUCUCCCCUUAUUUCUUUGAUGGAAGACCAAGUGCUCCAGCUUGAAAUGUCCAACAUUCCAGCUUGCUUUCUUGGAUCAGCACAGUCAAAAAAUGUUCUAGAGGAUAUUAAAUUAGGCAAAUACCGAAUUGUGUACAUAACUCCAGAAUUCUGUUCAAGUAACUUGGACCUACUCCAGCAACUGCAGGCUAAUAUUGGUAUCACACUUAUUGCUGUGGAUGAAGCUCACUGUAUUUCUGAGUGGGGACAUGAUUUUAGAAGUUCAUUCAGAACUUUGGGCUCCAUAAAGGCAGUACUCCCAUCGGUUCCAAUUGUUGCACUGACUGCUACUGCAAGUUCUUCAAUCCGAGAAGACAUUGUACGUUGCUUAAAACUGACGGAUCCUCACAUUACCUGUACUGGUUUUGAUCGACCAAACUUGUAUUUAGAAGUUGGACGAAAAACAGGAAACAUCCUUCAAGAUCUGAAGCAAUUUCUUGUCCAGAAGACAAGUGCUGCUUGGGAAUUUGAAGGUCCAGCUAUCAUCUACUGUCCUUCUAGAAGAAUGACAGAACGAGUUACAGCUGAACUUAAGAAACUGAAGUUAGCCUGUGGAACAUACCAUGCAGGACUGAGUAUUACCUUAAGGAAACAAGUUCAUCAUAGGUUCAUGAGAGAUGAAAUUCAGUGUGUAAUAGCUACCAUAGCUUUUGGAAUGGGCAUUAAUAAAGCUGACAUUCGCCAAGUCAUUCAUUACGGUGCUCCUAAGGAAAUGGAAUCAUAUUACCAGGAGAUUGGUAGGGCUGGCCGUGAUGGACUUCAGAGUUCUUGUCAUGUACUUUGGGCUCCAGGAGACAUUAACACAAAUAGGCGCCUCCUUAGUGAAAUAUGCAAUGAGAAGUUUCGAUUAUACAAAUUAAAGAUGAUGGCAAAGAUGGAAAAAUAUCUUUAUUCCAGAAGGUGUAGGCGACAACUCAUCUUGUCUCAUUUUGAAGACAAACAGCUACGAAAGGCCUCCUUGGGAAUUAUGGGAACUGAAAAAUGCUGUGAUAAUUGCAGGUCCAGAUUGGAUCGCUGCUUUUCCAUUGAUGACUCAGAUGAUAUGUCACAGGACUUUGGUCCACAAGCAUUCCAGCUCUUAUCUGCCGUGACCAUCUUAGGCGAAAAGUUUGGAAUUGGGGUUCCAAUUUUAUUUCUCCGAGGAUCUAAUUCCCAGCGUCUUGAAGAUAAAUAUCGCAGUCACAAUUUCUUUGGCACUGGCAAGGAUCACACAGAGAAUUGGUGGAGGGUUUUUUCCCAUCAGCUCGUAACUGAGGGAUUCUUGGUAGAAGUUCCUGGGCAAAGCAAAUUUGUAAAGAUUUGCACCCUUACAGAAAAGGGUAGAAAUUGGCUUGCUAAAGCCAAAACAGAAUCUCCUCAGAGCCUUAUCCUUCAAGCUAAUGAAGAACUGUGUCCAAAGGAGUUUUUUCUACCAAGGUCUAAAGCUGUAUCUUCCGGCACUGAGCAACAUUCCUCUAAUCAAGUACCAAUUAAAUUAACUUCAGAGCAGUCCAGCUUGUAUAAGAUGUAUUCUUACAAAGCAUGUGAUAAAAUUUCUUCUGGGAGUAACAUUCCUCAAAAAAGUGUGGAAAUCUCCAGGUCCAUCCAUGUUGCUGCAAAUGGCAUUAUUUCAUUGUUUUUAAUGGCUGACAUCAUGGUGCCAUCACCAGGAAAAUACUACAAGUCCUCAGAACCUGUUAUUUCAGCUGAAGAGCAGGAGACUCAGACUACAUUAUACGGCAAAUUGGUGGAAGCUAGGCAGAAACAUGCCAAUAAAAUGAAUGUUCCUCCAGCUAUUCUGGCAACAAAUAAGAUACUGGUGGAUAUGGCCAAAAUGAGACCUACUACAGUUGAAAAUGUGAAAAGGAUCGAUGGUGUUUCUGAAGGCAAAGCUACAAUGUUGGCCCCUGUGUUGGAAGUCAUCAAACAUUUCUGUCAAAUAAAUAGUCUUCAGACAGACCUCUUUUCAAGUACAAAACCACAAGAAGAACAGAAGAAAAGUCUGGUGGUGAAAAAUAAAGCAAGCUCACUUUCACAGUCUGCAGCCAUCACAUAUUCUUUAUUCCAAGAAAAGAAAAUGUGUUUGAAGAGUGUAGCUGAGAACAGGAUUCUGCCUCUCUCAGCAGUUGGCAUGCACUUGUCCCAAGCGGUGCAAGCUGGUUACCCACUCGAUAUGGAGCGAGCAGGUCUGACUCCAGAGAUUCAGAAGAUUAUUGCUGAUGUUAUCCGAAACCCUCCCAUCAACUCAGAUAUAAAUAAAAUUAAACUAAUUAGAAUGUAUGUUCCUGAAAACAUUGACACGUACCUUAUCUACAUGGCAAUUGAUAUCCUGGAAAAAGAUUGCGACAACAGGAUGCUAUGCCAAUCUUCAUGUGAUUCCAACAAAAAGAGAUGUUUCCCUAACUCUGAAGAGAGCUGUUCAAAUUCUAAGAGAAGCAGAGAAGAAGUGGGCACUAAUACCAAGGUUGAUGGAAAACGUUCUUGUGAUUUUUCACUGAAAGAUGAGAGUCACAGAAAUUCACUAAAACUGACUUCCUGGAAUCAGCCAUUCAGCGAUCCCAAAAUAGAAGAUUUCUUUGUAGAUUCUCAUUCACAGACUUCAUCUGAAACCUCAAAGAGAAAAUUACCUGGGUGGUUUGCCAAAGGAAAUGAGACCUUACCUGAUGCCAGCAAGAAAUCAACGGCCAAAACUAAAAAGAAGGGUCUUUUUAGUUAAACUGGCAACUGCCAGAGGAAUUAUGUGUGUCUUGCUGUAUUAUAAGAGGGACGCUGUAUUUCAUUUCUGAAGAGUGGGGAGUAAUAUUUUUGUUUAAAAAUUAUUCUAAUCUGAAAGUAAAACUCACCUAUUUAUUGAACAGCUGGUGUCUUAAAACAGCCUUGUACAAUUCACAUAAAGUUGAGUCUUCUGAGAGCCUGAGUGAGUACCUCAUAGAACAGAAUCUUAGUUUCCUAUGAGAUUGCUUUAAGAAAUCAUGUUACUGCCCUGUUUUCUAAUCUCUUUACUUACUUCAGCAGUAUGUUUAGAAUAUGUAAUGUGUGGUGAUUUAAUACAGAUAACAGAUUAUCAGUUUAAGUGAUUAUGUGUAUAAUAUGAAAUAUUCCUAUAUUACCAAAAUUCUGUCUUACAAAUGAAGAACGCAUAGUUAUUUUACAAAUUUUUUCUAUUGUUAGAAGAAACUCUUAUACACAUUUUAAAAUGAUAUUAGUAGACCAGAUCAGUGAAAAUGAAACAUUUUGGGUUCUGUGUAAAUAGAGGAAAGAAUAUAACAAAGGAGACCAAUUGCACUAGACAACUAUGCACUUUGUAUGUUAUAUACGAUUUCUAUUAUUUUUCAAAUAAUAAUAAAAAGUCCUUAGUACUGAAUAUUAUAAAGAUAUGUAUUUUUUUUUUUUUUUAAAGCUAGAGACCCAGGAUGCAGAGUGAGCUUGUUUUUUUGUUUUUUUGUUUUUUUUUAAACUAAUUUAUUUAUUUAGUUUUGGCUGUGUUGGGUCUUUGUUUCUGUGUGAGGGCUUUCUCUAGUUGCGGCAAGCGGGGGCCACUCUUCAUUGCGGUGCGCAGGCCUCUCACUGUCGCGGCCUCUCUUGUUGCGGAGCACGGGCUCCAGACGCGCAGGCUCAGUAGUUGUGGCUCACGGGCCCAGUUGCUCCGUGGCAUGUGGGAUCUUCCCAGACCAGGGCUCGAACCCGUGUCCCCUGCAUUGGCAGGCAGAUUCUCAACCGCUGAGCCACCAGGGAAGCCCUAAAGAUAUGUAUUUUAAACUUUCAUAUACUGAAUUACCUUGAGCACCUUUAAUUUUUGAUGAUGUCAGAAUUUUAUUCUAAUAUCUCUUUAUGUAGCACAUGUAACUGAAAUAUACAAAACACAUACUGACACUGAAUUGGGUAAAUCAUAGUUGAUAUAACUUUAAGCAG